AUGGGAACGCUGCGCUUCUCUCUCGCAGCGACUCGUUCGAGCAGAGACGCGACGGUCCGAACGCCCGACGCCGUCCAACACGUCGACACGACGCUGCGCUACAUGACUGCCAAAAACUGCUCGUACCCUCAAGAGCUCGUGCUGAAGCUGCACGACGGGCGUUGUCGGCUCACGCACGUGCAGAUUUUGUCCCACGAGACGCACAUUGCGCGCAUGCUGGAGCUUUUUGUGUCCUCGAGGCGCUCAGUCGAUGCAAUCGACGAUAGGGACGACGAUGACGAUGCCAAUGGCGUGACUGGGUUUCGUUGCUUGGGUUUCUUUCGACUCAAGUCGAAUGUCCAGAGCCAGUACCGAGCGAGAGAGCUCAAGACCGUACACGUGCAUGCUGAGGCCACGCUGUUGAAGCUGCGGAUCCACAACUGCUACGCAAACGAGCACAAUCGGCACAAUCAAGUAGGGAUCAUGGCAAUCCGCCUGUGUGGAGAAGCUCUGGACGGGCUGCCGAGCUGCUCGACAGACGACGAAGCGGCUGCUCACUCGUUUGUCGACCAAAGGAACGCGGUGAGUCAUGUGAUGCACGACUGGCGCUGUGAGAUGAAGGUGAGUGCUAAGAUGGCAGCCAGGAUCCACGAGAUUCGAGCAGCGAAAGACCGAGCAGUCGCUCGUGAAGACUACGAUCAGGCUAAAAAUCUGAAACAGAGAGAAGAGCAACUCAAGAGCUUUGGACUGGAACUUGCAAGACUCGAAGAGCAGAAAAGAGAGGCGGUGGCCGCCGAAGACUACGAUGAAGCCAAGCAAAUCAAGCUAGAGAUUGGCAGACUUGAGGCUCUGGUCAAUAGUAACGAGAUGCAGCCAAUCAUGCCGAUACGAUUGGUGGGUAGCUCGCCAACAAGAAGUCCAGCGGUGCCGCAAUGUCAAAGCAUGCACCGCUCGUUCUCGAACUCUGCAUUGCCAGAGGCGAAUGCUGAAGUUUCGCAGGUUGUGAAGAAGGGAAGUAUGUUUGAUGACGAUCAUGGCGUCCUGCGUCGUUCUGCCAUUGGGUGUUUUUCUGGCUACAAUGAACGGAAGCCUACAGGUGGUGGUGACAGUGCCGAACAGGGGGAUAACAAACGUGGAGUUCCGAAUUCUCAUUUCAGUGGCAUCUCAGGCGCUACUAAUCUUCCCGAGCCAGACGAAAUUCCUUCAGAACUUGCAAAAGAAAGCGAGAAACUUGUUGCUGUGAUUGGCCCUUUCUUCACACGAUGUUUCUACAGCAACUUGUGGAACCACCGGGAUGCAGCGAUUUGCAAAGUUACUACAGAGAUGAAUGACUACACUGUUGAACCGAUUGAGGUACUGGAGGUGUGCUCUACGUUAGCUCAAAGUGGUAUCAGAGACCGCAUUGCACAGGUCGCGCUCUCCGCUUUUUGCCUGCUGGAUCGCAUGGUGUCGUUUGGUGCGCUUGUUCACCACGAUGACAUGUGCCGGAUCCUUGGCAGCACGAUAACUCAGAUAGUAACCAAGCUGGGUGAACCUCAUGCAAAGCUUCGUGACAAAGCAGUGACAGCAUUGGAACAUUUGGCAGCUGCUGAGAAUGUAGGCGUGGUCACAGUAGCGAUACAUGUUACCAAGCGCUUGAAGAAGCCGCUAGGGAUAAAGUCUUUGCAGGGUCGAUUGCUCGUGUUAAAGAAGUUGCUCGCAGCAUUCGAUCUGGUACCUGGUAGCGUCUUUACGGCCUCUGGCAUCAUGGCGUUUCUUGAAGACUGUAACUGUCUAGCACACCAAAGUCGUGAGAUUCGGGAAGGUGGAAAGGAUAUCACUGUGUCACUGUACCUUGUCGUGGGCACCGAGGUGGAUAAGCACUUGAAAUCACUCCGACCAAAGCAGCUGGCAGACUAUCAAGCGGCGUUUAAUGCAGCCAAGACUGCGAAGAAAUGGAAUUGUGAUAGGACUCUUGCAUCCGUCAAGGCGGCUAAUAGUAGCACAGAUGGACGUACCAAGCCGUCAGAUGAGGUGCAACUCGAGCACAGAGUUGAGGACGCUGCUGGUAGCGAGGGCGGAGGAUCGGUGAACGAGUACAUGUGUCCUUUUUGUCGUAUUGCAAGCGAGAGAUUUGAUGCCGAUCAACAUUUUUGGAAAUCGUGUAAAAUGCUCACGCCAUGCAAGAUGUGUGGCCAAGUGAUUGAAAUCUCGACGUUGACGGACCAUUUGCUGGUUGAGUGCGAGAUGCGGCAGAACCAUCGCAAGUGCCCGCGUUGUGGCGAAGCCAUCACACUCAAAUUUUUCGAGCGACACGUGUCCCUUAACGACUGUCCCCUCCGUGCACAGUUCGGAAAUCGCUGCCCCCUAUGUCACGAGGAUACCGCUCCCGGUGAAAAUGGUUGGCGGUGCCAUCUGCUAGACGAAGGCUGUCCGCAGAACCCCCGAAGCUAG